AUGGAAGCCAAUGAAAUGGAGUUUGAUAGUGAGGAAGAGGCAUAUGAUUUUUACAAUGCAUAUGGUGGUCAAAUUGGUUUUAGCAUCUGGAAGGAGUAUGGCAAUAAAGUUAAUGGAAAAAUUACAUCAAAGGUGUUUGUUUAUAGCAAGGAAGGUGUGAAGGGGACUGACAAACGGGAUUCACAGCGACAAAUUUCCUCAGUCCAGGCCAUUGAUGUUGAGUUGGCUUCGGAUCCAGGAGUUCCGGCUUGUAAUGCGUAUAAGUUGAUGGGAAGGCAGUCUGGUGGCAAAGAAUCAGUUGGGUACUUGAAAGUGGAUCUUAAAAAUUAUCUAAGGACGUGA